AUGGCGCUGCCAAGGGUUUCUUUCAUCUUGCUACUAGUGAUAGCCAUAACCAUUAUUGUCACCCUUGUAGCACCAACUAGUGCAAGCAAUGAGCCAUUUCGAGGGACUUAUCAUCGUGUUCUUUCCCAUAGUCCUCGUGCUCCUUUGGCGACAUGUAACAAGUACCCUAGAGUCUGUGCAGCUGAGGGUAGUCCUGGCCCUGAUUGUUGUGGUAAACAAUGUGUUAAUGUGAUGACAGAUAAACUUAACUGUGGAAAGUGUGGGAAGAAGUGUGUGUACUCAGAGAUGUGCUGCCAAGGAGAGUGUGUGAACCCAUCUGUCGAUAAGAAGCAUUGUGGCCGAUGCAACAAGAAGUGCAACAAUGGAGGCUCAUGUGUUUAUGGGUUGUGCAGUUAUUCUUAG